AUGCUGAAGUUCAACGGAAUUUUGGAACCAAGAACGGGUAACGACGUACUUGUGGCGCGUAUAGUAGCUACCGCUGCGGACGCAACGACGCCAGUUCGGAUCAUGAACCUGGACGACCAGCCACUGCUAGUGCGGGAAGGAAAACUAGUGGGGGACUUCCACAGUUUAGAUCCAACUUCAGAACCACUUGUGAGAGGCACUUACGAGUUGCUUGGGGAAUUCAAUACCAAGGAGGAUACAGACCCUUGGCCAAGAACCCAGGAGGAGUCACAGACUGGUUCCACGCUGCCGUCUGUUGACCUCUUGGGUUGUGAAUUAGACGAAGAACAACUCAACCAUCUCAAGGAUUGUCUACGCCAGAAUUCCGAUGUUUUCAGCAAAACUACGAAUGAUAUUGGGCUCGCCCACCUUGUCACCCACACCAUUGAUACAGGGCCGGUAGCACCAAUAAAGCAGAAACCGAGGCGACUACCCUUUUAUGAACGCGACACGGUCUUUGGACAGGUUGGUGACAUGUCCCAGGACAUAAUCGUUGAAAAUUGUACCGGGCCGUGGUCAUCACCGGUAGUGCUGGUAAAGAAGAAGAAUGGUGACCUGAGAUUCUGUGUGGAUUACAGAAAGCUGAACGCAGUAACUGACGAAUGCUCACAGCCUUCCGAGGACAGAUGA